CCGGCACCGCCGCGCCAGCCGUUGCGACACCACCGCGGCUGCAGAGGCCCUCGGACGCGGCCAAGCCCAGGGAAGGGGGCCGGGCUGGCAUUACCAUCUCCAUUACACCUGCGCCGCCCGAAGAAUACUCCCGGAGGGACAGCAGAGCGAGCUGACAUCUAGCCAUGGCCAAAGACUUAAAGAACCUGGUGGGCGCGGGAAGAGCCCGGGAGCUGCAGGAGAAGCUGGAGAGCUGGCAGCAGAACUACGAGGGGAAUUCUGCUGAUGAAAAUCUGAGCCGAUGCUGUGAAAUAUUAGAACUGAACAGUGCAAUUCAAAAGCAGCUCUUCUCAAUUCUCAAUGAAACAUCUCAAGGAGAUGAAUGUGCAGCAAAAUUAAAAAGCUGUCUCCUGCCAAGUGUAUGCUAUGCUUCAGGAAGUGACAACCUUACUCAGGAUUCAACUGAAGGAGAACUACAGCUGAGAGAUUUGGCCUGCAAACCCAAAUGUGAAUUUCAAGACCUGGAGGACAAACUAAGUGAAACCCGUGCGCAGAUCAACCAGAUGGAACGAGAUCUGAAGUGUUCCCGUGCUGAACCAUGCAGCUUAAAGAGAUUACAGCAACUGGAUGAGUAUGAGCAGAAGAUUGAGAACUUGCGGGAUGAGAUUGCUAUGCUGGAUUGCAGAAAGUCUGUCAUCCAGAGCAGGCUUGCUUGUGGUAGGACCUGCUCUCCACCGUGCCGUGUGAGGGCCUGCUCUCCUCCACCGUGCCGUCCAAGGGCCUGCUCUCCUCUACCGUGCAGUCUGAGGCCCUGUAUCUCUCCUCCACCAUGCCCUGUGAGGGCCUGCUCUCCUCCACCAUGCCCUGUCAGGGCCUGCUCUCCUCCACCUUGCCGUCCAAGGGCCUGCUCUCCUCUACCAUGCCGUCUGAGGGCCUGCUCUCCUCCAUGCCGUCCGAGGGCCUGCUCUCCUCUACCAUGCCGUCUGAGGGCCUGCUCUCCUCCAUGCCGUCCGAGGGCCUGCUCUCCUCUACCGUGCCGUCUGAGGGCCUGCUCUCCUCCAUGCCGUCCGAGGGCCUGCUCUCCUCUACCAUGUCGUCUGAGGGCCUGCUCUCCUCUACCGUGCCGUCCAAGAGCCUGCUCUCCUCUACCAUGCCGUCUGAGGGCCUGCUCUCCUCCAUGCCGUCCAAGAGCCUGCUCUCCUCUACCAUGCCGUCUGAGGGCCUGCUCUCCUCCAUGCCGUCCAAGAGCCUGCUCUCCUCUACCGUGCCGUCUGAGGGCCUGCUCUCCACCAUGCCGUCCGAGAGCCUGCUCUCCUCUACCGUGCCGUCUGAGGGCCUGCUCUCCGCCAUGUCGUCUGAGGGCCUGCUCUCCACCAUGCGCUUUGAGGGCCUGCUCUCCUCCACUGUGCGGUGUCCGGCCCUGUGUGAGGCCCUGUGUGAGGCCCUGUGUCAGGCCCUGUGUCAGGCCCUGUGUCUCUCCUCCACCAUGCCGUGUGAGGCCCUGUGUCAGGCCCUGUGUCAGGCCCUGUGUCCGUCCUUCCAAGUGCCGCGCCCUUUGCGUGAGGCCCUGUUCACCUCCCCGGAUCAGGCGGGGCAGCGCUUCACACCGCGCCUGCCUCAUAGCUCGCUAUAACUUCAUUUACGCUAAAGAACGCUUGGAGGCAGAGGCCGCUUUGAGGCGAUACUUCUGUGACUUGGAGACGGUGCAGAGGAUAAUAUAUGUUGCAGCUGUGGAAUCUUUCCGUGCGGCAAAGAUGGCCUUCUGGAAGGUCAAAAUAAAUGUGAAAGACACUUUGACUGUAUGUUACAGAGGGGCACCUACAGCUUUUGAAGUUGCUGUCCUGGAUUAUAUAGCUUGCCACAAGGAUCUGUAUGACGUUUGUUGCAGUGUCCAUGAGGUGGUUUGCUCCUUGAACAAGAACCCAAAGCUUCCAUGUCCAGGAGAAGUUGAUUUCGUUGUCAUCAGCAAUUUGAUUCGAGAGCUGUGCUGUUUGGCUUUUUCAAUGCAGACACUCAUUCCUCCUCUUGAUAUUUCCUUUGGUGUUGAUGGAGAAUGCUUCAACAGGAACAUGUACUAUCGUAGCUUUGACUCAGAUUUCACAGCUCCCUUUGUGGCCUAUCACGUCUGGCCUGCUCUGAUAGAAGAUGGUACUGUAAUUGUGAAGGGAGAGGUAGUCACUAAAAAGGUUACGUGUCCUCGCAGAUGCAGAAUUAGGAGCAGAAGCUGCAGCUGUGGCCGUCCUCUGCUGUGUGGUCCAGUGGCUCGAAGCCGCAGUCUUUCAACAGUGAGGGUCAAAAGACGCUGCUAACUCAACAUCUUCCUGCAGUGCAAUACAACUGGAUUCAUCGACUUUGCUGGUGCCAUUUCUCCUCAGAAAUGCCUCAAAUCUCUCAAUGAAUGGCAAUUGUCACUCCAAAUGGAA